CUGCAGGCGGCGGACGUGCUGCGUCGGAUGCGCGAAGGCGGCGUCACGCCCGACGCAAUCUCGUACGCGGCCAUCGUGCAGGCGCACGUGAACGGCGGCUCUGUGGACGGUGCGCGCGCGGCGCUCGACGAGGCGGUCGAGUCGGGCACGCGCCUCGACGCGGCGGUCUUCAACGCGCUGCUCGGCGGGUACGCGUCCGAGCUGCGCUGGUCCGAUGCCUCCGAGCUCGUCCGCGCGAUGGCGGCGCGAGGCGUCCCGCCCGACGGCGUGCAAGCCUUCUCGAUGGUCCUCUCCGCCUAUGCGCACGGCGGGCGCAUCGACGAGGCGAUCGCGCUGCUGCGGCGGAUGCAGACCGAGGGGCUGGCGCCCAACGGGUACACCUUCUCGGCGAUGAUGGAGGCGUGCGUCAACGGCGGGCAGCCCGAGACCGCUCGAGCCGUCUUUGACCAGAUGGAGGAGCAGGGCAUAGCGCCGGACGCGGCGUCGUACACGCUCCUCGUGCGCGCGCACACCUCGCCGCAGACGGCGAGGGCGGACCACCUCGCAGAGUUCGACAUUCGAGCGGCGCGCGAGGUGCUGGUGCGGAUGAUCGCGUCGGGCGUGCCGCCGAAUGUCGCGACGUACAACGCGCUGCUCGCG